AUGGCAGAGAUAAUAACAUCAAAGUCUAGGGCCGCCACGCUGAGGUCCAGAACGACUACCACUGGUCCCACCGCCUCCACUGCCGCCACCCCCUCCGCCGCCUCCACCGCCGCCACCAGAGCCUCCACCUCCGCCACCGGUCCCACCGCCGCCACCACCUCUACCGCCUCCGCCUCCUCUACCGCUGCCCCCACUGCCACGCCCACCGCCACCUCCACCACCACCGCUGCCUCCUCCACUACCCCGGCCACCCUUGCCCUUGCUGUUGCGGCGCUUCGUACUAGUCGAAGCAGCACCGACGUCCUCAGGAACAGAGACGGCUGCAGCAGCAGCAGAGGCGAAGGAGGAGGAAAGGGGGGAGGGGGAGCACCCCUCAAAAAAGGGUGA